GAUCUCUGUAGACAUAAAAUGCGAUGCAGGGUACUAGACGACAAUGGAACCAUAAAACAUUGACAUUAGCGAAUACGCUUCACCAUCAAGAAAAUGUCAUCAAAUCUGUCUGAAGUAGACUUCGUGACGGUGGACGUCUUUACGCAGACGAGGUACGAAGGCAAUCCACUUGCAAUCGUCAAGAUACCCGAAGGCACCUCCUUGACCCAGGACCAGAAACAAGCAAUUGCCCGAGAGUUCAAUUUGUCAGAGACAACCUUCCUCCACGAGAACAAUGGGGAUGAACUUUCGUGGACCGUGGAUAUCUUCAUGACAAACGCGGAGCUUCCGUUCGCUGGCCACCCGACAAUUGGAACUGCGUGCCACGUUUUGUCCAACGUUGCACAAGCUCGCAAGCUCAAUGGGAAAUUCGAAGCGCAAUUCCAGAUCAAGGCCGGUCCAGUAGGGCUGCAAUAUGAUGUACAGAAACAGACAGCGCGUGCAUCCAUUCCACAUGAUUUCCAUAUCCAUAAGCGGCAAUGGAAGCUGGAAGAAUUGUUGGAAGUCCAGCCCGGGUUAGCAAGAGCAUACGAACGAAAGGAAGUCAAUCUCAAGCCGGAAUAUCCUAUCGUAUCAGUUGUCAAUGGCAUGGCCUUUGCCUUGGUCGAAGUCGAAGACGAGAGAGCGUUAGGAUUGGUCUCUACGUCCUCUCGAAGCCUAUCCGUACCGGGGUUAGACGAAGGCUGGGACAAGACCUUCGUGGGUUCCUAUUUCUUCACACGGUCUCCAGGCGGGAGUGAUGGGACGACAAGAUUGAGAACGAGGAUGAUUGAAGGCACUCUCGAGGAUCCUGCGACUGGCAGCGCUGCAACUGAUUUGUCGGGAUACCUUGCCAUGGUGGAGGGACGCCCAGGAGAAACGCGGAGGUAUGCGAUCACACAAGGUGUUGAGAUGGGCCGUCGAAGUGAGAUUGGUGUUGAGGUUGUCUUGAAUGAUGACCGCGGAGUUAGGGAUGUCUACCUCGAGGGGUCUGUCAUCCAGGUUAUGUCAGGACGUUUGACGGUUUGAAGGCCUGACGGCAUUGCUAUGACGACCAGCAAUGCUUGCCGCCAUUUUCUGGGCGUCGCAAACGUACGAUGUACCGACAGAGCUGUCGAAUAAUGUUUGUCUAGAGCCUACGGGCUUUCAAAUCCAAGUUUGCGAAAAGGAGAGUCAUGGUUGCACCUUGGUAGGACUUGGCUUCGUUCAUUCGUUAGCUUCUAGUAUGGAAAUGUAGCGACGACCCCGCAAAGGGGGAUCUCCACUGGCCGUCACCUGUAAUGCUUGUAAGCUGCUGUGGAACAGCAAUGGGAGAGUUUCUUCCAUGUUGCUGGGUUCGCGUGCCGACUCUACCUGGGAAAGUCG